CAGACUGAAUCUGAGACGGGAAUAAAUUUGACUUUACAUUGAAAAUGGCCACUCCUGAUGUGCAAAUUGUAUUCUGUGUGAAUGGAGCUUUAAACAUCUGUAAUGCUACUUUGCCGAUUUCAUUUAUUGCAAAUUAUUUAUGGAACAUGUUCCCUGCGAUAAGCGAGUGAACACUGUACUGUGGCACACUGGUUGUAAAACAUUGGUUUAGAAAAAAGGAAUUGGUGUAGAAUAUUGAGAAUACCUGUAUGACAUUUUACCAAAAAUCUAGUUACAAGACUUGGGAGUAUCAUCGUGGUAAAUGGAAAUUCAUGGAAAUAGGACAGCCAUUAGCUGCACACAAGAGGAUUUACAUUUUUUAACCAAAUUUUUAUAUAAAUAAAUAUAUAAAUUUGAUAUAAAUCAGAGUAAACACAAACUGGACAAUACAGGACAAUUUAUUUCUAUGAAUUCACUUGAUCCCAUGUCAUUUAAUUUAUUGUAAUAAGUUGUUUUUUUAUGUUAAAUUUAAUGAUGUGUGCAUAGAAGUUUUCUCAUUUGUGCUGUGUAAACAUAAAAAAUGUACUUUUUUUUUUUUGUUUCAUUAAAGGCUUGAUAUUGAGACAGACAAUAAAUCAGCAUUAUCAUUUUUUUUCCAUCAACAGACGAGAUGAACUCCAAGCUCACCAAGAAUCAGGAGAGAGCAAUCUGCUCUCAGCUUGGAAAUGUCAGACUGAAAGUGCUCUAUAAAGCCAGCAUCCAUGGUUUCACUGGAGAUGUUUUCCAUCAACACUGUGACAACAAGUCACCCACUGUGUCUGUGGGCUACAACAAAUCUGGACGUGUGUUUGGAGGCUACACCAGACAACCGUUCAGUCAGUCUGGACAGUAUGUAAAUGAUGAUCAGGCCUUUCUGUUCUCCUUCAGUGGAGAAAAGCUCAACAAAUAUCCAUGCAUCUAUGCUCAAUAUGCUGUGAAAAUGAUCAACAACUGUGGUCCUUAUUUUGGAGAAGAUUUAGUUCUCAUCAGCGGAAGCCAACCAAAAGUGCUCAGCAAUCCUGGAAACUAUUAUAACUUCAAUGCUGCAGAGAUGCACGGCAACGACCUCAACCUGACUGAGUGUGAGGUUUACCAGGUGGAAGAAAAUGCUGAAAUGGAGAAACCAUGGAGACUUGUAAUCUGGGAGUCUAAGAGAAAGACAGAGCUGAUGGAGAGCAUUAAAUUCUACAAACCUUUGAACAGCUCAGUGACUCAGGCUCGGGUUUUACUUGUUGGACCAGUUGGAGUUGGAAAGUCCAGCUUCUUCAACUCCAUCAACUCUGUUUUUAGAGGUCACGUCACCAGUCAGGCCAUUUCUGGAAGCUCCACCACCAGCCUGACAACACAUUUCAGAACAUACUCCAUGAAGGCUGGAAGAGAAGGUAAACCUCUGCCACUCGUCCUGUGUGACACCAUGGGACUGGAGGAAGGCGUGGGGGCAGGACUUGAUGUAGAUGACAUUGGCAAUAUUCUUAAAGGUCAUCUGCCUGACCGUUACCAGUUCAACCCCUCUGGUCCUCUGCAAUCAGAGGCUCACGGUUUCUGCAAGAGUCCAGAUCUCAAAGACAAGAUCCACUGUGUGACUUAUGUCCUGGACGCCAGCAAGAUCUCCAUCAUGUCCACAAAGAUAGAGGAGAAGCUGAAUGCUAUCCGUAGGAAAGUCAACUUGAUGGGGAUCCCUCAGCUGGUGUUGCUCACUAAAAUAGAUGAAGCCUGCGCUCUGGUGAGAAAAGACAUCAGAAAUGUCUACAAAAGUGGCUACAUUAAAGAUCUGAUGCAGGAGGCCGCCGCUCGGGUCGGUGUACCUUUGUCCUGCAUCAUUCCAGUGAAGAACUACAGUGAGGAGCUGGAACUGGACACAAACACCGACAUCCUGCUGCUCAGUGCGGUCAUUCAGAUGCUUCGCUUUGUGGAUAACUUCUUUGAUGAGAUCAGUGAUCAGCUGAGCAGUGUCCCAACUGGGAUUAAAUAUGAUUUAGAUCACUCCUUGUUGUUGAAUAAUCCAAAAAAGUCCAAGAUAACUAAUCAAUAGUUAUGGUUCCAAGAUGAAAACAUCUUGCUGGACCACAAAAACUAUAAUUUUGAAUUACAAACAUUUUUUUUAGUUAACUUUGUUGGUGUGUCAAUUUGACUAAAUCUAAAUUACAAUGUUAGACAAUCUUGUGGUUGCCUAACUGCAACAACAAUGCUGUUGAUAUUCUGUGGUCCUUUUCUUUGAAAGUGUAAAAU